GCUACGACCCUCCUCAUCGUCCUCAUCCUCGUCUACAACACGCUUACAUCGUCUCCCUUCCUCAUCAUCCACUCACUUCUCACCGGCUACAAAGACCACCUAACCUCAUUCAGCACUCACAGUAUCAUGGACUCCUACCGUCCAUCUUUUGGGGCAGAUGACGAUCCCUAUGCGAACGGGCGAUCUCGAUCCCCUCCCCCUGCCGCGCUGGCACGAAAGGAUGUAGACUAUGACUUACCGCAUAGGUCGCGGUCUCCAGAUUAUUCUAGAGGUGCAGGACCGCGUGGGUCCAUGUAUCGUUCUGUAGCUGAUGAAGAUCGAGAACGAUCCCGCUCUCCAUACGGCAGCCGCCAUGUUUCGGAGAGGGAUGUUUACGAUCGAGGUUACGAUCGGUAUGCUCCGGAGCGCGAACGGGCUCCUGCUCGUUAUACUGACGAGUACGGCAGGGAUAGAUACGGAGACGGCGAGGAUGGCUACCGCAACCCUGCAACUCGCUACAGAGACGAUGGCUACUACGAGCAAGCACUCGAGCGUGAUAGGCAAAGGGACAGAGGAAGGUACGGCGGGCGUGGGGAUGGAGGCGCCCCAAUACCGGACCCCCUAGAUGCUCCAUCGCUGCUUCCGUUCAAACAAUUCGCCCAAGUUCAUCGCCAGCGACAAGCAAGGUUGGACCCUGAGUCGACCACGUCCAAUCUCACCACUCAGGAAAUGUUCGACCUCUACAAGCGCUACAAGGCAGUUUACACGGCUCGCUCCGCUCGCAAAUUCUGGGAGGAAAAGAAAGGAGUUGCCUUUUUCCUCGAAAAGUACGGCAUGGGCGAGAGUGAGAUUGAGCGACGGAGGGAGAGAAGGCGACUGGGAAGGAAGGGUCGCAAGAGGGCCUGGUUCGACGAGCUACAGGCUGGCAAAUUGGACAAGGUUACUUUCGAAAUGCACUUCGCGCCUCUCAAAAAGGGAGGCAGGCGAGCUGAGGAGAGCGAGGGAGGAUCUGAGGACUCUUCGAUGAACACAGUCUACUCGCGAUAUGGCGAGCCCAUCAAGGUCUCCACAGAUGCUCUGCCAGUUGACCCUUCGCCGACACAACUUCUCAUCAUGCGCAUUCCACCCGGUCUCUCGAGACGCAUUCUCGAAGCCGAGCUAGCCCGCAAUGCCGGCUUCCAAUAUCUGGCCCUUGGCGAGGCUCACGCCAACAAGCAGUAUUACGCCCUUGGAUGGGCUGUCUUUGACAAUGAGACCAACACUGAAGACGCCAGGCGAAAUCUGCUAGACAGUGCAGUCGUCUCGGACAACAAGUUGCAGCUUGAUGUCGCAGCUCGUGGAGCUCAGGUCAAAUUCAGGACUGCUCCUUCCGGCUCCGGCAGCCUCAAACGUCUUGCCAAGGACCUCAAGCAAGCCCGAGAUGUUGUCAAGUGGGCCGAGCGUGACGAUGUCCAGACACUAUGGCCAGAAGGUGGAGACCUUGACGAGGAGGACAGGCAAGCGCUUCUCAAGCCGGCCAGUAAUGAGAUCACGAGGCAUGUCUUUGAGCGGAUGGGCCUGCGACGCUACUUCGAUCAGACUCGCGAAGGCGAAGAAGAGGAUGAUAUUCUCAUGCAGAUCCACGAGAACGCCAGAGCCUUCGACUCGCCUGAGGAUAAGGAAGAGAUCCGCUUGGUCAUCAUGAAGGUCCUGGAUCUGCACCUAGACCUUCUGCGCGAAGUCUACCAUUGCGACUACUACUCCAGCACGAUCUGCGACUUUGGUGAAGAGCUGGACCGACGAGCCAGAGCGCAUUUCAGAAGAUGCUAUCCAGAUGGCGAGACGGAAGCUGAGCGAGAGGGCCGGGAUGCUGCUGCUGACGGUGGGCAAAACAUGGGCGAGGAGCAAUGGGCUGAGAAUCUUGACCGCAAGCAUCUUUUGCUCGUCGAGUCACCGACCAUCGACAUCGAAGAAGUCGGCGGUGUAGAUCUUGACAAGCUGUGUCUCGAACUGGCCACUCCAUUCAUCCGUCAGGACGAUAAGGAAAAGCAUCGUUGUAUCGUCGAGGUGCCCAACCCUGCAGUGGAAGGUACUGUCAAGACAUGUGACAAGCUCUUCAAGGCUCUGAUCUUUGUGCAGAAGCACGUGUGCAACAAGCACAAGGAUCUCAUAGAGAGGGAGCUCGGUGGGCGACGAGAGGACAUCACCUAUCUCAACAAUUACGUCCGUGAUCCCACUCGGGUCAUGCCUCCAUUGCAACAGAGUGGCAAUGCCAACGGACGCGGCUAUGAUGCGUCUGGAGGCAGUAUCAUUCGCAUGGGCCCGACGUCCUUUGGUCCCGAAGAAGGUGGCCGCCGAGGAGGCAGGAGACGGUCAGCAUCCCCCGGACGUCGCAACGGAGGAGACAGCUGGACACCAGGUGGUGGUGGUGUGCGUCUGAGCGACCGACUGGGUCAACCUCCUCCCAUCCACCUCGGUGGCUCGAACGGUCUUCCUCCCGCCAUCCACCUUGGCGGCGGGUCCAUCUCCCUCGCUCCGCUCCACCUGCGCUUGGGGGCCCAGCAGCCCUCGCCUGCACUCAUGGGCAUGCCUUACCAGCAACAGACGGCCAUCGCUUCUCCCGCUCAGCCCAUGUCCACCGAACCUCUUCCGCCACCGCCGCGACCGCUGGACCCACGUGCAGCAAGAGGGCAGACGAGGAGCUAUCAGGACCUCGACGUCUCUGCUGGGGGCGCAAAGGAGGAGGAAGUCAUGGAACUGGAGUACUGAUCUUGGAUCGCCCACCAGACUUAAAAGGGAGGGACGAGGAGAACCACUUGUCAUCUUACCGAGGUGUAAGUCUCACAUCAGCCAAAAUACUCAUAUACUCCGUGCAUCUUCGUUACAAUGUUUGUGUGUGUGUGUGCAAUUACGAAAACAAUCGCUUAAAAUUGAGAUAAUAGAGAGUCCGUUCACUUGCAGGUCUACCAUUGCA